CUCGAAGUUCUCUGGGCCUCAGUUUCCCAAGAUAAAAAUACUUCCCGCACGGACGGGUCGGUUUUCUAAAAGAAAAAAACAUUCCUCGGUGCUUGCGUGAGUUUCUGAGGGCUUGAGCUGUAGUAACUGUAAUUUUUAAAAUAUUCUUUUCUUUAAUAUUCUUUCCCUCAUGCCCCUUACCUAAAUCACAUGGCCUCGGAUGAAAAUCAGCCUUGGAACGAUCUGUCCUCUUCUCCUACCCCGUCUUGGAGGUGGCCUUUUUUUCCUGAGCUAUCGGAAACUAGUGAGCAGCUUGGUUCAGUGUCGAAGAUUUCACGUCACAGUAAGGCACGGCGGGAGCAAAACUGACGCAGCGUACCGAUGGUUGUCACGACACCUGAAGGAUCCUUUCGUGAAAGCCACACGAGAAAACAAUUACCGCUGCCGAAGUGCUUUCAAACUCUUGGAGAUCAAUGAAAAGCACCAGAUUCUUAGGCCUGGGCUCCGGGUAUUGGACUGCGGCGCUGCCCCGGGAGCGUGGAGUCAAGUUGCCAUCAAGAUGGUCAAUGCCGCCGGCACUGAUCCAGAAUCGCCAGCUGGCUUUGUACUUGGAGUAGAUCUUCUUCACAUAUUCCCGCUACAGGGAGCGACUUUUCUGUGCCCUGCCGAUGUUACAGACUCCGGGAUCUGCAAGAGAAUCCAAGAGCUGCUUCCCGAACGGAAGGCCGACGUGAUCUUGAGUGACAUGGCACCCAAUGCCACUGGGAUAAAAGAGCUUGAUCACCAGAAGCUCAUCGGCAUGUGCCUAUCUCUUCUGGAUUUGUCGUCAAGCAUUCUGAUUCCGGGGGGAGCGUUGCUAUGUAAACUUUGGGACGGAGGCCAAAAACAUCUCUUACAAAGUAGACUGGUGCAGCAGUUCCAGGAGGUGAGGGUUAUAAAACCUCAGGCCAGUAGGAAAGAAUCCUCAGAGAUGUAUUUUUUGGCAAAAUUCUACCAAGGGGCUAAACGAUCUUCAAAAGUGUGAAGGUUUCGCCUGGCAUUACCAUGUGGGCGAGUAUUUUAUUAAUCAUCGGUAUUUACCGACUGCUUACUGUGUGCUAAGUACAGUACAAUGUGAUAUCUGCCCACAAGCUGCUUAUUGUUGUGAAUAGAACUGUUCCUUUUUUAGAGCUGAGACUCUGGUGGAACGGGGUUAUACCAAUUAAAUAUUACCUUUUUUUUUGGUGUUGCGGAGGACGUGCUCCUAAAGCACCGCAUGGGAUCUUGAAAUGUUUUCACUUGAGUAAUGUACGAAACAUGAAAUUUCAACCUGGGGAAUAAUUUGCAUCUGUCUAUAGAAGUCUGAACAUUUGAACAUUCAUCUGUUCAGAGCAGCUGAGACCGUUUUUUAAAUAAAUUUCCAAUUGUGUGGUGUGGGGGUGAUUUUGAUCAAAUAAGUGUUU